AUGCACUUUGCGCAAUAUUUGGAACACGACUUUGUACACGAAGGCAUGCGCAGCGGGCUGUGGCGGCAGCAACAAUACGCAGCCUACGGUGCACACGCACACACAGCCGCCUCUAAUGGUGUCAGUCACACCAAUCGGGAGGAGGAAGAGGAGGAGGAGGACGAUGAGGAGGAAGUUGUAGAGGAGGAACUCGAGCGCAAUGACACGGAUCUUUCGCAGCAUCCUGCUACCAAUUCACCACAUCAGGCUGCACAGUCGGCUGCGCAAGAAGUAGUGCUGCAAGCGCAGAGCCAGUCCGGCGGUGACGGCGACGACUCCUCGAAACGCAAACCAGGUCGGCCGCGGGGUUCCCGCAAUCGCAAGCCCAAGACGUUCAACGCCGUCACCCAACCGGCCCCCAAGGCACCUCUGAACUCUCACCACCCUGGGUUCUACCAGUACCCACCUGCGCCGGGUAGCACAGUGAACCCGAACCAGCAAUUCUACGAAUUCCAAUGGCGCGCACUGAACUUGUGCUCAGAGUUCUACAACGCUGCGGAAGAACUGGUCAAAGCUGCGUCCCCGAUUGUCAUUUCGCAAUGCUAUCAAAUGGGCCCCGGGGCGAGAGUCGAUCCAUUAGCUAUGAUUGCGGACGCAAAACGCGUGUGCGAUAACCUUCUCGCCAAUCCUAGUCAGCUCGUUGGGCAACAACCGCCAUCAGCGUACCCUUAUCCCUCUUCCUAUCCUACCCCUUACGCGCCUCCGGCCGCACCGGCCCCGACGGCAUCACCUUCCAGCAAUAUCGUUUGUGAUGCCCUUAGGUACCAACAUGCCACCGCCUGCGCACGCAGCACCGAAUCCGUACUAUUCUGGAGUGUACGCGGCAGCCCGCUACCCGACGGCCCCGUACUAUUCAUACCCUACGCAACCACAUGCAUCGUAUUAUCCUCCGCCGGCUACCCCGGCUCCGGCAAGUACUUCAGCCAGUGCGACCACACCGGCACCGGCGUCCGCGGCUACCGCACCUCCCUCUACCACAACCUUCAGUGCGGUUCAGCCAUCUUCGGCUUCCUCUCUUCAGUGGGUCAGCAAGGCUCCUGGUCUGCAGAGGAGGAAGACCGCUUAAGGAAGCUUGCGGAGCAGAGUAAGAACAGGGGGACCACAGAACAAGGUGCAGCAAUGGGGCAACAGCAGACCAGGCAUCAGAUUCUGUUGAGAGCUACGGCGCUCGGCCUGAAGGAGAGUACAACUCGCGCGACGAAACGGAAGCGUGAGGCAGAAGCUGGUGCAGCGGAGGCUAAUGAUCGCACGCCGACGCCUGCUUCUCACGCAGCUGCUAACGCUGCGCCAGCGGCCUCAACAACCGGCACAGCUCAGAACCACCCUCAACAGCCUCUUACUCAACAGAGGCAUGCUCCAGCUGCCCAUGCGCAACCCGCGCACACUCAACCUGCGCAUGCACAACCCGUACACGCUCAGGCUACGCAUAGUCAACCGACGCAUGUGCAAUCUACACACUCGCAGCCCACGCACAGUCAAACAACGAUAGCGCCGUCAGCGACAACAACCACGCCCGUGUCCACCCACGCGUCACCGGCAUUGCCCCCGCAGCGACCCCCGUCGUCUACCACGACGCCAGCCACCAUUGCCCCAGCCCGCACCACCACCAACCCGUCCCCAGUGACGCCGUCUGGCUUGCCUUGGCCCAUGCCUACUGUGGCCGCAAAUACGCCGUCGCCAGUCCUCACCUCUGCGCAAAUAGACCAGCGCACGACGUCUUACUACCGGCCACCGCCGACGCAACGACCGUCAUACGGCACCAGCGCUGGUGCAUCAACUACGACUUCGUAUGCGGCGGCGAGCACAUCCAACACGACCCCGUAUGGCGCCGCCGCGACUUCGCGUCCGGCGUCGUCGCAUGGGAACGUCGCGGCGUCGCAUCCGUACAUGUACCGCCCCGGCGUGAACGGGGCUGGAAGGAGGGAUGGCGCACCGCAUGACAUUGGGAGGCCCGACGUGAAUGGGCACUACGGUGCCGCUCCUCCGAAUGGGCAGCAUCUGAACCAGUCCCCGAGUGGGGAGGGGAUCCAGUCGAAUGCGGGCUCGUACAGCCCCGCGCCCCCCGUGCCCUACCCCGGCGGCCAGAUCUACCCCGGCAACGUCGUCCCGUACGGCAGCUCCUCGCUGCUCGGCGCGAACGUACUCCCCGUCUCUUUCCACUCGUCUCCCGUGCCCCCGAACGCGACCGCGCCCUCACAAGCUACGCCCGGCCCAGGCCCCUCCGAGCACCCGCACGCCGACCAGAGCCCGCGCGUGCCACACACGCCCACGCCCGGCCCGUCGAAACGCAAGAGCGAGGAUGGAUCCGGGUCGAUGACGGGCCCGCGCAAGCGGCGGCAGUACGUGCCGGUCGGAAGCGGGCUCGACGGGAUCGAGCGCGACGAAGCGGACUUGGGCCCGAACGGCGGGCCGAAGCACUGGACGGACAGCGAGAAGGACACGCUGUUCCAUUGGCUGCUGGACAACGACAAGAACUGGGACAUGUUCAGGUCGAAGAUGAACACGGUCUUCCGCGACGCCGCGACGCAGGUGUUCGGCGGGCGCAAGUCGUUCACGGCACUGAAGAGCUGCUACCACCGGAACGUGGAGACGUUCAAGCAGAUCUUCGCGUUCGAGGUCUACCUGGCGCACAACCCCGACGCUGGCGGGCCUAUCAAUGGUGCCGCGUCGCUCGGGAACUUCAACGACCCGACGAUGGCGCGCCAGGUGCACCUUGAGCAAAGGCUCGACGAUGCGCGCGCGGCGAACAUCCCCGUCGCGAAUCUCAACGUAAAGGUCAUCGACCACUGGCAUCAGAAGGAUUGGUACCAGCUGUUCAAAAGACGAUACGUGGACGAUGGGACUGGGCAGGCGGUCCCCUACUACGGGCCCACGGCAAUGACAUUCCCCGACGGCUCGACCGCCGCACAGUACUCCAACGCAAGCAUCGAUCCACAGCUGACGAGCCCGCAAGACGGGGAAGACGACGAAGAUGAAGACGACGCCGACGAGCAACAAGUACAGCAGCGCCAACCUCACACGAGCGUGUCCGCCCCACCCGACGCCUCCCAGCUAGACGGGCGAGACGCCAGUGUACCCCGCCCGCCGGACCCUAACCCCGCAAGCAUCCUCGCGCCGCCGCCGCUCCCACUACAGCCGGAGCGUGACCGCCGGCCGCAGCCACUCACGUCGCGGCGGUCCGUACCGUCGUUCGCGGUGAGCCACCGCGAGUCGGCUGCGGAGCAGACGCAGGCACAGAUGGUGCAGGCGCUCGAGCGGCUUACAGCGGUCGAGCAGACGCUGGUCGAGCAGAUCGCGGCGCUGAGCGCGCUGAUUGGUGCCCAGGCGGAGCAGGUGAGACUGGGGGGCGUGAUGGGGGUCAACAGGGAGGACGGGCUGAGCGGAAAGGAGAAGGCGACCUUGGCGACGGAGAUGCUGGCGAAUCCGGAUGUGGGAGAGGAGGUGAGGAGGGCGGCGGCUGAUUAUUUGAAGAGGUUGUUCUUGAGCGAGUGA